AACAAAAUAUUGCAAUGUCGGUUUUUUCCAAUAUCGUGCAGCACUAAUAUCGGUUAUGGAGCAAGGUAGUAAUUAGAAUUAUUAUUAUAUUAAAUAAUAUGAAUAUUUUUACAAUUCAAUUGUAAAAUAACACCGUAACAUCAAAUUGAAAGUCUUAUACUUUUUUCCCUUUUUUAGCUUAUGGUAAUUCUGAUAAUUUGCAUUUUAGCUACUUUGAUCUGCAUAUAAAUCAAUUUUAAAUUUAAUUAUCAUACUUGCAGUUUGCAUGACUUCAUAUACUACAUUACAUUUUCAGUUAACUUUUUUUAAUUAACUUUUUUUUAAAGAAAAAAAAAAUCACAAUCUAAUUAAUCCAAUCUUAAUGCUGGAAAAAUAAGUGCUUGCUCAUUGUCAGCUGCCCACAUGCAUAAUUUGCUUAUUGCUGUUACUUUUUUAACCACUAGAGGGCAAUGACUCCAUCCACCAGGUCAUUUUCUUGAAGAGUCUUUGAGUUACUGUUUGUAUUUGAUUAUUUGGUCAGUUUGGUGAGAACAGCACUAAAUCUUGAGGUCCAAACUAACCGAUCCAACACUAACAGUCAGCUCUGAGCAGAACAAUCUAGAUUGCUGCUAUCAAUACAAUGAGGAAUUUACCAUGACAUCUGAGUACUUUAGCUUCUUUAGUUUCAACCAAAACAUGAGUGUAUAUGUGUGUCUGAUCAUUGUGUAAAAUGUGUUUUUGGGUGUUUUCAUAUGUUUUUCGCAUUAGUUAUCUGGAAUUUGUGUGUGUGUGUGUGUGUGUGUGUGUGUGUGUGUGUGUGUGUGUGUGUGUGUGUGUGUGUGUUUGAGAGAAAAAUAAAGGGAACAAAAGAGGGAUGUUAUUCUUAUUGUGGUCAAAUAGAGAUGAGUUUAAAACCACACAAACAACAGAAUGGGAGAACGAAUGACAGAAUAAGCAAAGAAAACAAAAGGAGAACAGUCAGUACUGUAUAACAUCCCAAGCCAAGAUUUAUGGGUACACACAUUUCAACUUAAAAAUGAUAAACUGUAGAGUGAAUGAUUAACGAUUUUGCGUCUGAAAGCUUUUGUCUUUUUUAGGCCACAUAACACAUCUGCUUUGUCUUGCCUUGAUGUGUUGUCAAAACUUGUUUAUAAAACCAUUUUGCAUUUGGAAAGACACUUGAGAAAAACCUUCAGGCGGGACCUCAAAGCCACAGUGAAAAUUUCCAAAAUGUUCCAGAAACCGAGCCCACACUUUUUUGAUUGAACCAAUAUAAAUAUAUAUAUAAAAAUGAUCAUCUGGAUCAAACUUAUUGGUUUAUUGAUGUAUUUUCUGUAUUUACAGAGAUUUCUCACUGUAAAACUGCAACUGUGAGCAUGUUGACUGCAGCAGUCGAGAGGGACGGGGUUAAACUAGGGAUGCAAACUGCAGUUCAGGGAGCGAGAGAGGCAGAGAAACUGAAGAGAGAGAGACAAUAUGUUUUCAGGACUGGUUGAUUAACAGUGGACUUCUGGGGGAGGUAUCAGAGAGUGCUAGACCGAAAGAGAGAGAGAGAGAGAGAGAGAGAGAGAGGUGUAGAUGAAUUAUUCUGUAACUUGUGAGCAACUGAUGAUUUUCUUUCUGCUCUCUUCACACUCACACACUUCUCUUUGGAGAGCCACUGGGAUGUGACAGUAAAUCAGGGAGAAGAUGAUUCAAAGACUCACCGGGAAGGACUCAGAGAAACAGAAUGCGAGCUGGAUGCCACAUAAAUGAGUGAAACUGGUGAACUAUGAGCCAUAAAGCGUGACCGCUUCAGUUUGGCCUCUGUAGAGCUGGACUCAAACGGUGGAGACGCACACGGCACGAAUUUCAGGAACACUUCGAGAAACGUUCUGUACUUCUGAUGGAUAUCCACACUGAUUCUCUACAUCUGGAGCUCUGAGCCUUGACCGAUCUCUGACCUGCUGCUUGACCUUUGACCGCUGAGUGACCUGUUCGGGAAUCACAGCAGUAAAACGUGACUCUGGACUCCAGGAUGUUCUGGAAGCUGGCAAUACCUGCCAUUUUGGCAUGGACCCUUUUUGUAUCCACGGAGACCAAGAAGCCACGCCCUCAAGGUUCCAUCCCCUCCCCUUACAAGCUAAAAGGCAAUGAUUUGUCAUCACCAUCCCACGCACUAGCAUCAUUGCCCCAGCACACAUCAACACAACGACAGAAGGGUAAACACGACAUGCUGUCGUCGAGUCGCGAGGCCCUGGUAGUCACUGAGAGGAAGUACCUGAAGACCGACUGGUGCAAAACACAGCCAUUACGUCAGACGGUGAGCUUGGAGGGCUGUCUGAGCCGAACUGUCAUCAACCGGUUCUGCUACGGCCAGUGUAACUCUUUCUACAUCCCACGCCACCUGACGUCUCAAACCUCACAUCGAAGUCGAAAAACAUCCACGCCAGACCACCACACUUCAUUCCAGUCCUGUGCGUUCUGCCGGCCAAGCCGGAUAACCACAGUUACUGUACGGCUUCACUGCCCUGGGCUGCAGCCGCCAUACCGGCAACGGAAAGUGCAACGGAUCAAGCAGUGCAAAUGUGUGUCUGUUAAUGUCAAUGCUGCGUACUGAGAAGGCACACAUACGAAACAAUGAUUUAGGGUGUUCCUUUUGGAAAAACUGGGGCCGCCCAACAAUCAAUGUGUGAAACGUGCCAAAGACAACAGCUAAUCAGAAGACUGGCCACCUUCAUUAUGUCUGGACUAUACCGCAUUACGCUAAACGGGAAUGCUUAAUAGCUGCCGAGCAGCACAGCAAUGGAAACAUAGCUGGAUUUUUCUUCUUUUCAGACAGAUAUAAAGAAGCUGAGAGUUCAAUUACAUACAAGACUGAAACAGUAAAUAACAUUCUUGUGUUAAAUUAACAAGGUUUGACCUUUGACCUCUUGAAAGUUUUCUUUAUCAUAACAUGGAGCGUCUGUAUCCCAGCGUUCUCCUGCUUUACCUCAGCAAUUCUGAUUCUCCAUAGAGUGCAACAGUUGGGUUUCAGAAGUAAAAAUCCUAUUUAUUUUUUUCCAUAGGGGAAUUGAUUUUCAUACUUUCUAAGCCUUUAAAGGCAAACUGAUGUUAAUUGAUGGUAUAUGCUUCUGUUGAAGCCAUCAGUCGGCAUUAUUUCAACUUAUUUUUUAAAUAAUCAUGUUUAACAGUGUAAUUCCUGAUGAAAAACUACAUUACCCAUGAUUCUGCAAAAACAUUCCACCAAUCUAAGGAUCAAAAUAAACAAACCAUGCCAAAAUGAUAAUCUCCCUACAUUCUCAAACUACUUAAAUAUUUGUGUAGGCUAUUCCAACGUAAAAUACAUUCUUUCUAUAUACAUAAUUGUAGCAAGGUUAGAUGUUCAGGGAAGGAGGCGGGAAUCAGUGAACGUUUAAACAACUUAAAUAUCAAAAUAAACAAACACAAAACAAAAGUAAUGUGGCAGCCCCACAUGGACAACUGCCACAUAUAAAUAUAAUAAAAAAAAAAAAAACACAACAUAAAUGGCCCAGGCCUGGUCCUCUUUUGUCCUUCACUGUCAUCUCCCCUCUUUUUAUCCUUCCAGACCUCCUCCGUGGGACUGGUGUGGCGCGCAGGUGACACUCAUUAGCCGCUUUUCUACUGUCGGGCCAGUGCGAGUCAAGGCUUUCAGCGGACCAGGCUAGGCUAAUAGCCCCGGACUUGUAGCACCGAGCCCAAAAUCAUGCUGCAUUUCCACCAUCGGGCCAGAAGCUCCGCAGCGCUUCACUAAAACCUGCCCGUAACACGCCUCUCUGGAACAACGUCACACAAACCCGUCAUUUCUCAAACAAAUGGAAGUUUUAUCAGAAAAAUAAUCAGAAAGAAAUCAAACUAGCGAGAUCCUAAAGUGAACAUGAUAAAAGCAGGCGUUUGUUGGCAUUUUGUUGUUUACUUAAAGAUUUGAAAACCCAAGCAUCGAUGUUUUACCAAAUAAAUUAAUCAUAAUAAAUUCAUUUGUGUCAAGAUUAAACAUUAGUCACAGAAAUAAAGUGGUAUUUACUGUUAUUUCACAAAAAAAAAAGAGGACACACGUACUAAUUCAGUCACGUCUGUUUAUGUUUAUUUGUAGUCAUAGGACAGUAUGUUUACAUCACAUUUACAAAGAAUGAUAAUUUCUACAAAUUUUCCACCAAAAAUACGACCUGAGGAGCUUUAGCACUCUCUCUAGUGACAGUCCCAACAGUUAUAUUUUCAGUCUGAGAAGCAGAGGAAUCCCGAAAAACUGGAGUUGCUUUAUUUUAUGAAAUAUGCAGAGCUAAAUAUGGAUAUCAGACAGUCCAUUGAGACGAGAUGUGCUGACAGAUAAAAUAAAUACAUGAUUGUGAUAGCCUAUGUAUAUGAUUUGUCUGAUUUCUUCAAGCCGUCGUAUUUACCAUGUUUACUAUGGUAAUAGCGCACAUAGCCUUGGUGAUCAGAAUCCACAUCGGAUCACAAACAUAAGUUAUUUCAAACACUUGCUGCUGUCUGAAAGUGAGUUUUGAGCUAAAAUUAUUUUAAAAGUCUUUAAUGCUGAUGUUAGCUGGUAACCUACAUGUAAUCAUCCAUGGUGCCUCCGUCUCCACACACAGAUAAACUCCGCCUUUGUUCGUAACCAUUCCCUCAAGCCCGAGCUGGCCCGUUUUGGACCAAGAUAUUCAAACCCUGGCCGUUGGCCCCGAAGAAGCCCCGACGAGGCACGAUCAAGCCCCGGAAGUGACAGUGGAAACACGACUGGCCCUGGCACGCACUAGCACACCCGCUUUAGGCCCGACAGUGGAAACGCGGCUAUUAACACUUGUGCCACCAGCCUCGCUGCAUUCCCACGGCUCUCGGCCCCGUGCUGCUUGCCACAUUUUUUUUUUUUGCUUCAAAUCAAGUUUGUAAUGUGAUUUACUUCAUAUGUUGGUUUGGUUCAUGCUUACAAGUCUUUAACAAAGAUUAUUUUAAAAUCCCAAUGGGAAAAAUACUUCUGAAACCCCAUUUCAGGGCCACUGAAAUAAUGUGUAGGCACUGUUGCACUCUAUUAGUCUUGAUACUUGAGAACAGUGGAAACUGUUUGACCACCAUAUAUCUUCAUCUUGUCUUACCUGCCCAGCUGUUGUAUGUACCGGCGCUAAUGAAGGACAGGAGAAAACAUGAAAGGAUGCUGGGUGACUGUGGACCUUAUCGACACGAAAUUGGAGGGGGGUUCGCUAUAUUUUGAAUAAGCAGGCAGUCAGUGGUGGAUAAACUAUAUUUUGACUUGAUGCUGCCAUUGGCUUUGCUGCAUCCUAUGGAAAUGAUGCAGACUUUGAUCAAACCUGUAGAGAGUUUGAGCCUUACCGUUGUUAUGAUUAUUCAAAAUGUGCACAACAUAAACUGAGAUUGGUAAUGUUAAAUCUUUACCUUAAAGUCUAACAGACAUGUUCUCAUUAAUGACAAUAUUUAACAAAAUAGCAAAAAUGUGUAGAUAAAGGGAUUUAUGACAAAUCAACAAUAGAAAAUCUAUGAAUAUAUAUAUAUAUAUAUAUAUAUAUAUAUAUAUAUAUGUAAAAUAUAUAAUGAACAUCUUCUAAAAAAAUAAAUAUAUUAUUUCACAUUACAAUACGACUUUUGCUUUUCAGUAUUUUUUUUAUCUGCCUC